ACCAGGCCUUGGAAGCACGCACAAACUUAAAGCAUUUCAGUAGAUCUUUAGACUUUGUAACCUGCAAUAAACUAAUAUACAAAUGGAUCUGCAUCCAACCAGAAAGACUUAUCUCUUUCAAAAACAUAUAGUACAAUAAAGAUAAUCGAACCCAAAGCAAAAAGUGCCUAACAGGAUGAGGCACAAAAUUUCCUGUGCUGACCUUUUCCACAAAGUGAGAGACACACCUAACGUUACAGAGCAGCAGGAAAACAGCAGUUCCUCCCUGGAAGACAGAGACCUUGGCUAAAGCUGAUCUCAAGCCAAAACAUGAUGUUUAUAGAUCCACUGGAAUAGCUGUUUUGCCGUCUUUUAGGACCAUGGCGAAAAACAACAGCCUCCAUUCAAACAGCAAUGGAGAGACUGACGACUCCCCAAACAUGUUGGUUUACAGAAAGAUGGAGGAUGUUAUUGCCAGAAUGCAGGAUGAGAAAAACGGCAUACCUAUUCGUACAGUGAAGAGUUUCCUGUCCAAGAUUCCCAGUGUCUUCUCUGGUUCAGACAUUGUCCAAUGGAUUUUGAAGAAUCUAGGUAUUGAAGAUCAAGUUGAGGCUCUUCAUCUGGGCACACUGAUGGCGGCUCACGGCUAUUUCUUUCCCAUCUCUGACCAUGUGCUCACACUUAAAGAUGACGGCACGUUCUACAGAUUCCAGACACCAUACUUCUGGCCUUCAAACUGCUGGGAGCCUGAGAAUACUGACUAUGCUGUGUACUUGUGCAAAAGAACAAUGCAGAACAAAGCUCGCCUGGAACUCGCUGAUUAUGAAGCUGAGAGUUUAGCACGGUUACAGCGGGCCUUUGCCAGGAAAUGGGAGUUUAUAUUUAUGCAAGCAGAGGCUCAGGCCAAAGUUGAUAAGAAAAGAGACAAAAUUGAAAGGAAAAUACUGGACAGUCAGGAAAGAGCUUUCUGGGAUGUGCACAGACCAGUGCCAGGAUGUGUGAAUACGACAGAAGUGGACAUAAAGAAAUCAUCCAGGAUGAAGAACCCUCACAAAACAAGAAAGUCUGUAUACGGCCUUCAAAAUGACAUUCGCAGCCACAGCCCGACGCACGUACCGGCCCCCGAGGCCAAGCAGCCAACCGAAGAAGAGCUUCAGGAACAGAUCAAGUUUUGGCAAUCACAGUUAGAUAAACAUCGAUUGAAAAUGUCUAAAGUUGCAGAGAGUUUGUUGAGCUAUACUGAGCAGUACUCAGACUAUGACCCCUUCUUGUGCACCCCUGACCCCUCCAACCCAUGGAUAUCAGAUGACACAACACUCUGGGAGAUGGAGGCCAGUAAGGAACCGGGUCAGACUAGAGUUAGACGCUGGGGCUUCGGUAUUGAUGAGGUCUUGAAAGAUCCUGUUGGUCGGGAGCAGUUCCUCAAAUUCCUGGAGUCAGAAUUCAGCUCAGAAAACCUCAGGUUUUGGCUGGCAGUGCAGGAGUUAAAGAGGAGGCCGAUUCGUGAGGUGCCAACGCGGGUGCAGGAGAUCUGGGAGGAGUUUUUGGCUCCUGGAGCUCCCAGCGCCAUCAACGUUGACUCGAAGAGUUACGAUAAAACCACGCAGAAUGUCAAAGACCCGGGACGAUAUGCAUUUGAGGAUGCACAGGAGCACAUCUAUAAGCUGAUGAAGAGCGAUUCUUAUAGUCGUUUUAUUAGAUCCAGUGCCUACCAGGAGCUUCUGCAGGCCAAAAAAAAGUUUGGAGGCAUACUGGAUCGCAGAACCUCAUUUGAAAAGUUCACUCGUAAUGUGGGCAAAUCUCUGAUAUCCAAGAGGCUGCCUGCCGUCGUCCAAUCUUGCUGAGCCUCAAACAAUCCACCGAGGAUGAGGACACUAUCAUCUUCAUCUCUGUCGUCUGAUUGGUCCGGACCCCAGACAUACCCUGGAAAAUGGACCGAAUCACAUGCAUGUCCAAGGGACUGAAUUUUUACAUCAGUUUCUACGUACUACUUGCUAGUUUUAGUCUUUCAGACAGUUAGACAUUAUGGACUUGUAAUAUUUGAGAAAUGCAGCAAUGUCUUUCAAAGGAGGACUGAGGUCUUCUCUACUGUCUGUCAGAACUGUCUCCAACUGUAGACUGAUCAAAUGAUGUCAAAAUCCGAGCAUUUCAAGUCAUGUAAAAUUCACAAUUAAAUAAUACAGCGUAGGCACAGUGUAAAAUCGAGAAGCUUUAGACAGAGAUGAUCUCUUCCUACUCUUCUUUCAUCUCUUUUGCGUUGAUUUUAUUGCACUAUGAUGGAUUUAGCACACGUUUGCUUAUCGCACCUGUAAAGUCGCAUGGGAUAUAUCUGAACGCGACUGGCCCGAGUCUCUCAUCGGUUCUUCUUCGUCGGCUCCUUUUGUUUAUUUUUUAUAUCAUAUGUAAACACACUUUUACUUGAAAAUAUAUUAAAGUCGGUCCUUUAUCUUAAAAGUCAACAAGAUUUCUGUUUUACUGUACCAACUGUACUGUAACAUGCUUGCUUUUAAUAGAUUUUGUAGCGCUCCCUCUGGGCUGCAGGUUUAAGUUUGGACUGGAUCAGACCCUGAUCCCAUCACCACGUUUCCCCAAAGGACUUACAGUCGCCUGCAGAGAAAUACUACUGCAAGGGCCUUGGUAUGGUUUAUAAUUGUAUGGUUUUAUAUAAUAUAAGACCCUGUGUGCAAAAUCCAGGCUUAUCUAAUAAUGAGAUUAGGAGCGCCAAAUUUGGUUUCACUCAUUUCAUAUUGAUUUCAAUCUUUGACAUGACCUUUCUCAUGAGUCAAUAUUAAAAAUAUCAAGGUUAUAUUUUUGCAAAAUGUUAAUUACUUUAUGUACGCUGUUAGAAAAAUUGUCAAAAUAUGUAACCCAGCUGUCACUGGGGCGGUACCCUUUCACAAACUACAGCUUUGGAUAUAAAGAAUUAAUUUUAGUACCUCAGAGGUACAUAUUCACAUAUACACAGAUACAUAUACAUUCACC